CACGAGACGAGAGUGUUCAGAUGGACAAAUCAAGCUGCAUUAAUGAUUAUACUGCAAUAAAAGCACAUUUCGCUGGAUGUUAUCUAGAUGUGGUCGUACUGUUGCCCGUAUCUGACGUGUGCAGAGGUGUGGGAAGAGAGCAGGAUGUUUCCCACAGAAGAGGAGGAUCAGAGCAGCGUCAGGAUGGACAUCGAGCUCUUAAAAGAGCAAUACAACACCAUCAGAGAGAAACAGAGACGACAAACUCAUGUCAUCUGCUUCAAGAAAGCACAAAAUAAUGAAGAAAUAAGUGGCAAAAAUCUAGUGGACCUGGUUCCCGUGCGUCAGAUCAAUCGCUCUCCUUCAACAGCAUCAGAAACCCAGUUUGAGUUUGUUUUGGAUUCUGACAGCGGUCUGUGGCGUUCACAUCUGGACAUGUACCGUAUGAAACACACCACUGAUCAAACUGAACAAGAAAAUAACAGCGACACGUCUACAGAAACCUCCAGCAGCAGCUCAGAGUCAGAGCGGCUCUCGGAGGACUCCAACCCUGAAGAACAUCAUCUGGAGAACAAGAACCACGGCGGCCUGGACUCUAGGAAGUUCUCAGCGCCGGCGGUUUUGUCCCGUCAGCUGAGCUUCGGGAGUUAUCGCUCCACACCUGCCAGCUUGAAAUAUUAUUACCCAUUUCCUCAGAGGAAAAGCUUGAGGAAAUCAGAGACGGCCAGGAGACUGGGCCUCUACGCCUCACUUUAAUGAGAAAAUAUGACUGAAACAACCAGGAAACGUUCUCUCAAUGUUCUCCCAAGGUUAUGAACAGUUACAAUAAUAGAACAAGUUAUCUGGUGUUUAAUAAUGUCCUGAAAAUAUCAUUUAUAACAUUUUAAGUAACAUUUUAGUUUGACGUUCAUGUAACAUUUUUAAAAUGUUGCUACUUUCAAAGAAACAUUCUCAUAGUGUCUGAAAAAUGAUACAAUGUAACGUUCGCUUAAUGUUCACAUAACCAAACGUUCUAAAAAUGGAUAUUUUAAACAUUCAGAAGUAACAUUUUCAUAAUGUUAGGAAAACAUUCUUAGAUUAUACACUACUGUUCAAAAGUUUGGGGUUUUUAUUGUUUCUUUUUUUUUUUUUCUUUUUAAGAAAUUAAUACUUUUAUUCAACAAGGAUGUAUUAAGUUAAUUAUUAAAAGUUUAUUAAAAGUUAAUAAUAAAUAAUUUACAUCGUUAUAAAAUAUUUAUAUUUUGAAUAAACACUGUACUUUUUAAACUUGUUAUUCAAUGUUGGAUAA